UCCCAGCCCGCUCCUGCCCGCUCCGGCCCCGCACUGCGCUGGGUCCCGGCCGCUCCCUGCCCGCUUUGGGUGACACAUCGGCCGCGAUUACUUUCUGUCGGUUCUGUGGGUCUCUUACUGGUUUUUUUUCUUGCAUCAGAUGAUACAGGAAAUCGACUUCGAUUCCAGUUGGAGCUGGAGUUUGUUCAAUGUCUGGCAAAUCCAAAUUACCUCAACUUUCUUGCACAAAGAGGCUACUUCAAAGAUAAAGCUUUUGUAAAUUACCUUAAAUAUUUACUUUAUUGGAAAGAACCUGAAUAUGCAAAAUACCUGAAGUAUCCUCAAUGCUUGCAUAUGCUAGAGCUGCUCCAGUAUGAACAUUUCCGCAAAGAACUGGUCAAUGCUCAGUGUGCCAAAUUUAUUGAUGAACAACAGAUCCUCCAUUGGCAGCACUAUUCACGGAAAAGGAUGCGCCUCCAGCAGGCACUGGCAGAGCAGCAGCAACAAAAUAACACCUCUGUAAAAUGAAAAGCACGUGGAGUAGUGAUGAGAAGGUGUACUUUGUGUUAGUGAAGUAUUUACAGGAGAGGAGUGAACCCUUGUGUAAGUUUGGCUCUGGAUGUGUCCCCCUUUUAUUUGAAUUUGUCAAGUGACUGGGUUG